GAUUUCGGUGCCUACGUCAUAAAUCUCGUCCCGGCUGCUCGACGACGCCGCUGCCUUCUCCGGCGAAAGCACGCACCGCCGCUUCCUAGGCACCGUCGCCCUUCCCUAUCAAGAAAAUUGGGUUCGAGCUGUUUCGAGGACGAGGGGAAGGCGAUGGGGACGAGACAAGUUUACGAGGAGAAGCUCCGGAACGGAAAUCUUCAACAUGACCCGACGAUGAGUCCUGGCUUGGGCUCUGCUCGUUGCCCUCGUUGCCUCUCCCUCAUAAACCCUAAUCCGGCAAAAGGGGGAUGGGCGAUAACUUCUGUCUUGCAUGAUGCUGCUAGUGUGGCUGGUUCAGGAGCUGGAGGAUUGCUUAGUGCUGUCCAUAGUAUGAAUUCAGGUAUUCCAUUUAUUCAGAAGCAUGUCAAGGGUCCUAAAUGGCUGCAAUUCUCAGUUGGGAUUCCUUCACUUCUGUUGUAUUCAGGAACCAGUGCUGUACUUGGAGCUUACCUGCUUCCAGCGUUCAGUCAGCUCAGUGUGUCAUCAUACUAUGCCGCUUCGAGUGCCUCUUGCUAUGCAAUAUCGCGAGCUACAAGUUAUAUUGAAGAAUCUCAUUUAUCCCAGUGUUCAAGAAAAGGCUAGUUAAUCCUUUCUGGAGCUGCACACAGAAAAUAAGAAAGACAACCUAUUAGUAAUAAAUUAUGGCAACUAAUGUAUUCAUUUUUGUUGGCAUUAAUGAUGUCUCCUCCCCUGUUAUGAAUCUCUAUUUUGUAAUGUCUUAGUUGAAGUUCAAAUUAUGGUGUAACUCAAUGAUCAUCUUUAAUUUAAGAUAGAUCUAAAAGGAAGGGACGUAUUUUGCUUU